UAUUUCCAAAAUGACAGUUACUAGCCAACUACCAUAAUAUCCUUCUCUCAUAUAUAAUCCUUCCCUACCACCUCUUCCAUCUCUAUCAUUUCCCCUGUUUCCUUCUGUUCAUUCAUAUUCUUUAACCCCCUCAAUUAUUGUUCCAUCUGAAUCUUCCAAGAAAUGACUCAAGAAGUUGAAGAUUCCAAGAAGCCUGAGGCUGAGACUCCUCAGGAGGUUGCUCCUCCAGCUCCAGCUCCUGUCACUGAAACUCCGGAGGAGAAGGCCAUCGUGCCUGUCACUCCUCCGGAGGAGGAAAAGCCUGAGGAAUCUAAAGCUCUGGCUGUCGUCGAAAAGAAACCUGAGCCUGUUGAGGAAAAGGCUGCUGAAGGUGGUUCUGUUAACAGAGACAAGGUGCUUGAGCGGGUAGCAACAGAGAAGAGGCUGUCGUUGAUCAGAGCAUGGGAGGAAAGUGAGAAAUCAAAGGCAGAAAACAAAGCUCAAAAAAAUCUAUCUUCGGUGGGUUCAUGGGAGAACAGCAGAAAAGCAACCAUUGAAGCUGAUCUUAAAAAGAUGGAGGAGAAACUAGAGAAGAAGAAAGCGGUGUACAUAGAGCAAAUGAAGAACAAAAUAGCUGCAAUCCACAAGGCGGCAGAAGAGAAGAGAGCGAUGAUUGAAGCGAAGCAAGGGGAAGACUUAUUGUUGGCAGAAGAGAAGGCAGCCAAGUACCGCGCAACUGGCACCGGUCCAAAGAAGCUUUUUGGAUGUUUCUAAAGGCAGGAAGUAAUUUAUUUCAAGAAGACUGAACUUGCAUUUGUAAAUUCUUUUGAUUUGGAUUUAUUUGUUACUAAAGAUGUAUGUGUGCAUGAUGAUUUGUUAUUAUUCCAUAUGGAGUGUAUAUACCAUUUGGUGGAUAAUUACUGAACUAUUCAACUCAAACCUGUAUUUGAUAAAGCAUUGCCUACUAAA